AUGGCCAAAGUCAGCACACAGCACUCCCACCCUGCAUUGACCCACCUGGCCAUGAAGAGCACAGGCAGAGAUCUUGAGUACAUUGAGAAUGGCCUCAGCAGGGCGUUCUCACAGAGUGAGGAGUCCUCAGCAGCAGCACAGCCACUCAGGAUCGCUAUGGAGACAAGAGGAGCCACAGGAGCCAGGGGCAGCGUCCUCACCAGCCAGGCACCUGCCAGGUGGCCGCGACUCAUCAUCUCGCUGCGCACCUGGGCCUCCAGGCAUUUGCAUCCCGAGGAGCAGACACCAGACUCUUUUCUGGAGCGCUUCCACGAAGCUGAGCUCAGAGAGGUGGCCAGCCAAGAAAGCAACGCUCAGUCAAUCUUGGACCAGGAGACGCCAGACAGAGGGGAGAGUGACUGGCCGCUGGCCAGAAGCAACACUAAUGCCAGCAACAACACAGAGGAGGAGAAGAAGAAGAAGAAUGCCCUUGUGGUGGACCCCUCCAGCAACGAGUACUAUCACUGGCUCACCGCCAUUGCCCUGCCUGUCUUCUAUAACUGGUGCCUGCUAGUGUGCAGGGCCUGUUUUGAUGAACUUCAGUCUGAGCACCUGAUCCUGUGGCUGGUCCUGGACUACUCGGCGGACAUCCUCUAUGGCUUGGACAUGCUGGUGCGAGCCCGGACAGGUUUCCUUGAACAAGGCCUAAUGGUCACGGAUGUGGACAGGCUGUGGAAACACUACACGAAGACCUUGCAGUUCAAGCUGGAUGUGUUAUCUCUGGUCCCCACGGACCUGGCUUAUCUGAAGUUGGGCAUGAACUACCCAGAACUGAGGUUCAAUCGCCUUCUGAAACUUUCCCGGCUCUUCGAAUUCUUUGACCGCACAGAAACCAGAACCAACUACCCCAACAUGUUCAGGAUCGGGAACUUGGUCUUAUAUAUCCUCAUCAUCAUCCACUGGAAUGCAUGCAUCUACUUUGCCAUCUCCAAGUUCAUUGGUUUCGGGACUGACUCCUGGGUCUACCCAAACGUCUCCAAGCCAGAGUAUGGACGUCUCUCAAGGAAGUACAUCUACAGCCUCUACUGGUCCACCCUGACCCUAACCACUAUCGGCGAGACCCCACCGCCUGUGAAAGACGAGGAAUACCUCUUCGUGGUUGUGGACUUCUUGGUGGGCGUCCUGAUUUUCGCCACCAUUGUGGGCAACGUAGGCUCCAUGAUCUCCAACAUGAAUGCUUCACGGACCGAGUUCCAAGCCAAGAUCGACUCCAUCAAGCAGUACAUGCAAUUCCGCAAGGUGACCAAAGACCUGGAGACGCGGGUGAUCCGCUGGUUUGACUACCUGUGGGCCAACCGCAAGACAGUGGACGAGAAGGAGGUGCUCAAGAGCCUGCCAGACAAGCUCAAGGCCGAGAUCGCCAUCAACGUGCACCUGGACACGCUGAGAAAGGUGCGCAUCUUCCAGGACUGCGAGGCGGGGCUGCUGGUGGAACUGGUGCUGAAACUGAAGCCCACCGUGUUCAGCCCCGGCGAUUACAUCUGCAAGAAGGGGGACAUUGGGAAGGAAAUGUACAUCAUCAAGGAGGGCAAGCUGGCUGUGGUGGCCGAUGACGGGGUCACCCAGUUUGUGGUCCUCAGCGAUGGCAGUUACUUUGGCGAGAUCAGCAUCUUAAACAUCAAGGGGAGCAAGUCCGGGAACCGCAGGACAGCCAACAUCCGGAGCAUCGGCUACUCUGACCUGUUCUGUCUGUCCAAGGAUGAUCUGAUGGAGGCCCUCACUGAAUACCCUGAGGCCAAGAAGGCCCUGGAGGAGAAGGGGCGGCAGAUCCUGAUGAAAGACAACCUGAUCGAUGAGGACUUGGCCAAGGCAGGGGCCGACCCCAAGGACAUUGAGGAGAAGGUGGAACACCUGGAGUCCUCGCUGGACACCCUGCAGACCAGGUUCGCGAGGCUGCUGGCUGAGUACAGUGCCACCCAGAUGAAGGUGAAACAGCGUCUGAGCCAGCUGGAAAGCCAGGUGAACCUUGGUGGGGGCAACCCUGCGUCUGACACAGGGGCUCCUGGGGACACACAACCCAAGGAUAAAGCACAGUGAAGGCCAGCAU